UGUGCAACAAGGAUAAAUGAAAACAUAUGAGAGAGAAAUAACAAAGAGGUUAUGGAAACAGAAACAGUUAGCAUUUAGUACUCAAGAGAUACAUAACAGUGUCAUCUUUUAAAAUUUUAGUGUUCAGAUUCUUUUUAUUUUGUGAACGCGAUAGUAUUCAUUUCUUAUCAAUAUAUUUUUACUUAAAAAAGAAAUGUGUAUUAGUUGAAGUUAUAAUAAAAAAAGUUUUACUUACACUAUAGAGAAAUACGUUUAUUCAAAAUAAUUUAAUUGAGAUGGUGUUUUAAACUUAUUUCGCAACGACGCUUAUAUGGGAAACAUAUUUCUUGAAACGAUUCGUAGGUGACAAAGGCCAAAAUGACGGUGGAGAAAAGCAAAGGGACAGAGAAGAAGGCCCCGCCGGCGACACAGAAAGUAGCACCGGACGGCGGCUGGGCGUGGAUGGUGUGCCUGGGUGUGAGUUUAGUUAAUUUUUCAACGCGUUCCCUCGAGCCGUCCUUCGGUUUAUUAUUUAAGGACCUGCUGGACGACCUCGGCGUCCACACGACGGGCGCGUCAUUCAUCGCCAGCACGCUCGACUCCGUCGUGAACUUCUCGGGUUUCUUCGUGGGCCCUGUGAUAAAGACAUUCUCGUAUCGGAAAGUCUGUUUCGUUGGAUCGACGAUAUGUGCACUGGGACUUCUCUUCACCGCUCCAGCCAACAGUAUAGGACAUAUAUUGGCCACGUACAGUAUAUUGGGAGGGUUCGGCGUUGGUUUGGCAUCAGCGUCAUCGUUUGUCUCACUCAAUCAUUAUUUCUCGAAGAAGCGUGGGCAGGCUGUUGGCCUGUCUAUGGCUGGUACAGGGUUCGGUCUGAUGGUCAUGCCUCAACUAGUCAAACUGCUACUGAGUGAAUACGGGUUCAGAUGGACUGUUAUUAUAUUGGGCGCUCUGGCUUUCCAUGCUGUACUUGGAUCAUGUUUACUUCAGCCUGUCAAAAGACAUCUUAUUGAUGCGCCAGUCGACUGUGAGAUGCAAUUAGUAAAGGAAAUGGAGUGUAUACACGAAAGUGACGAAGAGGCUGAUGAUAAAUUCGAAAUAAAUCCGCUCGUCACGCAUCCGAUGCCGAAGUUGACCAAGCAGAGGUCCAACGUCAACAUGAACCACCCCUCGGUCCGGACCGUGGGUCUCCCGCGGGCGAAGACUUGCGACAAGCCGCUCCAAGAGUUCGACGGCACGACCAACCCGAUCGCGGGGCUGACGACCGCCGCGUCGGUGGCCGCCAUGCAGCGCGUCACGUCCAGCAGCAGCAUGACCGAGGCGGCCCGCAAGAGGAAGGUGUCCGUCAUAUCCAAUAUAUCCAACAUGGACUUCACCGGGAGCUACUUGCAGCUGUACCUCGAUACAGUAGAUGACGACACAUUACAAAUGAAAGCGUUCAAGAAAGUCGAGCAAGAAGUACAAAAGAAGCAAGGCUUCUUUAGGAAGUUUAUCGCGUUGAUGGACUUGGAUUUGUUAAAAGAUUGGUCCUUCUUAAACCUGCUGCUGGGCCUGUCGUUGUUCUGGAGCGGGGAACUACAGUUUAGGAUGUUGACACCAUUUUUUAUUAGGAGCUUAGGAUAUAAUAUGAACGAAACCGCAUUCUGUUUGUCCAUGACGGCCAUAACUGACAUCGGAGUGCGCUUGGUAUUGCCGCCCAUAUUCGACAGGCUCGCGAUCACUAAGAAGAUGAUAUUCUUUAUUUCGGCUUUCUUCUUAGCUGCUACUAGAUCAGUUCUGGCCGAGCAGUCGGAAUGGGUGCCGCUGAUGGUGUGGCUGUCGAUCUGCGGGUUCUUCCGAGGCAUGUGCCUGAGCAACUUCACGCUGACGAUAUCGGAGUACUGCCCGCUGGAGAAGCUGCCGGCCGCCUUCGGCCUGCACAUGGUCAGCAAGGGCGUCUUCGUCGUCAUCAUCGGGCCGCUCAUUGGCUACGUGCGCGACUACACGGGCAGCUUCGCGACGUGCAUCCACGUGCAGAACGCGCUCAUCAUGUCGUGCGUGCUGGUGUGGGGCGCCGAGUACGCGCUGGCCUUCACGCGCCGCCGCAAGCUCGUGCAGAUCUAGCGCCCGCUGCUGAUGCGGCUCCUGCCUCGUUAGCGUUAGGCUCGAGACUUCGCUUUUUUUAGUUCCACCGGCUCCUGUGGCAAGGUUUAAAACGGUUCGGUGUGAUUCCAUGACUCGUCGGAUUGAGUAGGCAUUUGUAUCUCUCUUUUUAGAAACGUUUUAGAUGACUUUUCUAGGUAUUCAUUUUACUAUGAUAUUUUUAGACGACUGUACGUAGAAAUUUAGAUUACUCCUUGCGUAGACUCUUUGUCUGUUGUUCAAAUAAUUCGGCGCCAAGCGAUUGUUUCAGUAAAAAAAGCGAGAGAAAAUGUAGGAUCCCAUCCUAUGAAAUAUUAUUGACAUUGGUAAUUAAACGUCCUUUAAAGAUUUAAAGAAACAGUCCAUAAACGUUCGAUUUAAAAAAAAAAAAGUUACAACUUUUUCAUAGUACUUUCUUUUACAAUCGUUUCCGUAGUCGACAUACUUCCAACGAGUGACAUUUAUCAGUAGUGAACUUCUCUCUAAUCGUUGACAAUUGUUACGAGUAGUAAACUAAGACUGUAGAACGAAUGAAUGAUAGGAGUGAAACCGCAGCGUUUCAAUCCUGUAAAAACCUGACAUAAAAUAUUAUAUUUUUUAUCUUUAUUAAUAGAAGGCUAUUCACAAUCUGUGUUAUUAUUACCAGAAUUAAUUAUUUUUUAAUUGACUUUUUAUGCGUUGUUUUAUUAUAAGAUCUCAUUAAUUGCAAAAUCAUUAAUUGUGUUAAUAACACAUUUAUUUGACAAAAUGAUUUUAAAUGAUGCGUUAUUAUUAAGUUCAAUUUUAGGCAGUUACUUUGUAGUUUAACGGGCGGACUAGUGUAAGAUAUCAUAUAAAUAGUAAAGAUUUAUUUGUUUGUUAUCGAUAAACUAUGAAACUACUGAACCGGUUUUCAUAAUUUCUUAACAAUCGAUUAUUCCAUUUCCACUUUAUUCCACUGCGAAUAAGAUUUUUUUAUUGUAUAAUAUUUAUACAACAUAAACUGGAUUUCACGCGGGCGAGGCCGUGGGCAGAGCUAUAUGUUAAUAUUGCGUCGAAGAUUCUAGCAUAGUACGAUCAACGUACAAGAGCGAGUCGUAUCGAAUAUUUGUAUAAAAAAAAAACACAUUUGAAGUGGCAUUAUAAUGCCGCGCCUUUGCCGUUGAUAACUUUUUUUGGGUGUUGCUUUGCAAUUAAUGAUUUCUUGCAGUACGCCGCCAAUUAUAUAAAAUAUAAUAAUUGUUUUCAUACUGUUAAUACAUUGUUUAAUUAAUUGGAAAAUGUAUUCAAACAAUGAUUCUAAUUAAAUAUAAUUGCAAAUUGAAAUGUAAUAAUAAUCUGCCAAAUUUUUAAACUGUUUAGUUAAGUUCUUUAUAUUCAUGUUAUAAAUAUGUAAACAAUAUUUUAUUGUUAUAUUUCAAACUUUCCGUCUUCCAAAUUUUUUUAAUAUCGAUGUAUCGACGUGGGCUUUUCGACAUGUGAUUUUAGCGACCAAAUAGUAUACUAACUUUUGAUAAAUGCGUUAUUGUACUUAGAAUAUAAAAAUAUUAUAUGCCAUUUUGACAUUUGAUCUGUCAUUUUAAUAUUAGGCAUUAUAUGUAAUCUGUACUUAUUAUAAUCAUGCAAUCAAUUAAUGAAAUGUGUGUGCCAAUCUUUGUAAAUAAUAAUACUUAUAUUCAAAUGUAAACUAUAUAUUUUAAUAUUUGUAUGGUUAUACAUGACAUCGUGAAUGGGAAGGAUUACAUAAGUCAUUGAAUUAUUAUUUCAGUGACUUGUACGGUUAUGCUGUUUGCUGAUAAUUCGUAUUGUAUUGAAAUUUAGGUUUCGUUUCUGUAUUAGUGUCAGUAAAUAUCCAUAUUUUUCUAAUUCUAAUGAACUUUUUAACACUUAAGCUUGUCACCUUGAGAAGUAUAUAUAAUUUUUUUUUUUUUAAUUAUUUUUUCUUAACGGACUUAUAAGUCAGAAACAUGUUAGUAGUAAAUUAGAAAACAUAUCAAGUAAAUAAAUACAUAUGUUGUUUUUGUAAAUAUUAAAAAUGUUUAUCACAUCAAUUAUGUAAACAACUUAACGUGUAGUUUAUAACAUUUUUGUUAUAUAUUUCAUCCAUGAAGAUGAAAAAUUCGAGAAUUAUAACGACCAGUAACAUGGAAUGUUAAAUUUUAUUCUAUUUUAAAUCAUAAUAGUAAAUUAAAUGGCCAUAUCCUUAAACGGUAGUACGUUAUUUCGAAUUUUAAAUAGUUGUUGUAAAAUGACAACUAAAUUAUUGCCACUUAAAAAAAACUAAACAGUGAUGUUAUAACAGUUAGUAAUAAAACGUAUAUUAAUAUGAUUUUGUUUCUACUUCUUACAACAUUAUCAAGUAAAACUUCCGUUAUUAUUAUUAAAAAAUAAACUUAGUUGAAUUAAGAAUGUUAUUAUGUGGUUAGUGAUAUUUUAAAUGUCGACAUUGUUGGUGUAUUUUGUAUGAGGACGAGUUUUAAAAAUCGAAUAAAUGAAUGUUUUGUUUCAUUAAAAAAUAUGCACUAAUUGUUUAAGAGUGUUAUUAUUGCUAUACAUGAUGUUAUUUAGAACAGUCGAUUUAUUUUCUCCGAGUUUAGUAACCAAAUCAUAUUACAACAUCUAUUUAUUUUAGAAAAAGCGAAUUUAAGAAAUGUAUGUAGUAACUGUCAACUGUCUCGAAACAUAUAAAUACAUUUCGGUUUACUGUGUGAAUUCGAAAUACAGUUUCGUAGUGAUAUCUCUUUGUCAAGGUUAAAAUUCAUUGGCGACAUAAUCUGUGCCCUGUCGGCACAACUAAAAACCACUAAACUAAUUCACUGUCAAAAUUUUAUUAUCCCAUUUACGUGACAUUGCCGAAAAUCUGUGCCGUCACAACUACUAACCGUUAACUUAAAAAAUUAUAUCUAAUCGAAUACAAGGGGUGGUGAAGCGAUAGUGCAGUUUAUUUAAUUACAUUAAUCACAUUCGAUAUCGUUGUCUCGAGACAGUUGCGGUUCAGUCACCUCAAAGGUUAAUGAAUUAUAGAGAUAACUUUACAUUGGAUGGUGCGUGCUGCGAAAUUGUCUGUCUAGAUAUCCUACAAAAUAUAUAACUGUACAACUCUUGUAAACUAGCAAGACUUUUAUAAAGAAUGACUUAAUCUAUUAAAGUACUUAUUGGUUA